GAAGCAAAAUGAUAGACUCGGAGUCAAAAACAAUUUCUCAGCUCCCAAACAACACGCUUCCAUCCACCUUCCGAACUGCUCUAUUCCUUCUUAUAUUUUCAUCCCAACGAAUCCAUCCGCCCCCUCCUUUUCCCGUAAUUUUCCCUCAUUUUCUCCCACUUUCUCGCCGCCGUAUAACCUACCUACUCUUCAAUGAGGCAACCAAAGAGGCCGAUCCAGGCGGUGUCGGCAUGGGUCCGGAAACAGCCGCCGAAGGUGAAGGCUUUCCUUGCCGUGGUGACUGGGAUGGCCGCCCUGGUGUUGCUGCGGGUCAUCGUCCACGAUCACGACAACCUCUUCGUUGCGGCCGAAGCUGUUCAUUCCAUUGGAAUCUGCGUCCUAAUCUAUAAGCUCAUGAAGGAAAAAACAUGCGCCGGUCUAUCACUUAAAACGCAGGAACUGACAGCUAUAUUUUUAGCUGUUAGGCUGUAUUGCAGCUUUGUCAUGGAGUAUGAUAUACACACUUUGCUUGAUUUAUCCACUUUGGCUACAACCCUUUGGGUUAUUUAUAUGAUUCGUUUUAAUCUGAAGUCUAGCUACAUGGAGGAUAAAGACAACUUUGCAAUUUAUUAUGUGGUUGUACCUUGUGCAGUUUUGGCUUUGCUAAUUCAUCCAUCAACAUCACAUCAUAUAAUCAACCGGAUCUUUUGGGCCUUCUGUGUAUAUCUCGAAGCUGUUUCUGUGUUACCCCAGCUUCGUGUCAUGCAAAACACAAAGAUUGUUGAACCAUUCACAGCUCAUUAUGUAUUUGCAUUGGGUGUUGCAAGGUUCUUGAGCUGCGCUCACUGGGUCCUACAGGUUUUGGACAGUCGUGGUCAUCUGCUGACGGCUUUGGGUUAUGGGUUGUGGCCUUCAAUGGUUCUCAUCUCAGAAAUUGUUCAAACUUUCAUACUUGCGGACUUCUGUUACUACUAUGUGAAAAGUGUUUUUGGAGGACAGUUGGUGCUGCGGCUUCCAUCUGGAGUAGUGUAACCGGGGGUUCUGUUUGUUAGUACGGUGGGAUUGAAAGUUAAAAAGCUAAAUGGUGUACUGCACGCUCUUUUAUUUUUGGUCUGCAAAUGGUUCUUGUUGCUCGCUGGUCCAUCCAUGACUUGAAAUGGAGCGAACUGUUUGUAGAUUUGGGGAUGCAGGCAACUUCAGUCGGUUUCUAGAAAAAAGAAAAAGAUUUGGUUGCAUCUGUGACCAGUAUAAUUUAAUUUUUUUUUUUUUGUUGGGAUUGAUUUUGUCGCCUUUAUAUAAUGAAUGCAUGAAGUUAUUUCUCCUUUUCA